ACAUUUAUUACGCAUGCGCACAAUCGUAAACACGGAAGUGUCAAACAUAUUGCCAAUAUAGUAAACACCUUUCUUCAUAAAAACAUGUUAUACUAAUCAGAAAUGUUCGCUUAAUGCAAUAAGUAUAACAAUUUGGCGCAAUUUUCCUAUCUUUGAUUUCCUGAUACAAUACUGAUUUCCUGAUACAAUACUAAUUUACAAUACGAUGAGUGCUACAGAUGGGGAGGAAGCUGGUGGGGCCAGUGGUACGAGUGGUAGUGCUGAAUCUGAGAAUGCCAUGUUUGAGUGCAAUAUUUGUCUUGACACUGCCCGUGACGCAGUCGUCAGUAUGUGUGGGCAUUUGUUUUGCUGGCCAUGUUUGCACACAUGGCUUGAAACGCGUCCAAAUAGAAAAACUUGUCCAGUGUGUAAGGCAGGGAUCUCAAAAGAACAAGUUGUUCCAAUAUAUGGACGAGGUAGCACAGAUAAAAAAGACCCAAGGGAAAAAGAAAUGCCUCCGAGACCUCAAGGUCAGAGAUCAGAACCAGAACAACAAGGGGCCUUUCCUGGUUUCGGAUUCGGUGAUGGGGGGUUUCAUAUGUCCUUUGGAAUCGGUGCAUUCCCAUUUGGAAUAUUUGCUUCAUCGUUUAACUUCAAUAAUGGGAGACCAGGGCCACCACAGCCUGGGUCAGCAAAUCAUGCAGAAGAACAAGUCCUUUCCAAAGUGUUCCUUUUCAUAGCAGCUAUUUUCAUGGUCUGGCUUUUGUUAGCUUGAAAACAUGACAUGAUCUGUGGUGUGUCGGGACUGAGGAUGAUAAAGGUCUACAUUGGGCCACAGUGCACUUACAUGUGCAUGUUCUGCUCAAAGCUCCACUAUUUCCGUGAUGAGACUGUGUGUUUCAAGUGGAGGCCGUUUAUUGUGCCCAUCGCCAUGUUAACACUUAAAAUGGUAGAGAAUCGUUGAUUAUAGCCAUUCAGGAAACAUAAUUUGGAUCAUUCUUAGAGUCAGUGGAUGUAUUUAUUCUACUAAAACUUGACAAAUUUGAGUUGUUUAACCUCUCAAAUUUUCCGAUUACCUUUCAACCUGACAUUUAUACCCUAAUGUGAACUUAAGAUAAAUUAGUGUUCCUGACUGCUAUAUAAUACCUGUCAAUUAUUACUUUUUGGUGAAUCCAUUAAACAAUUUCUUCCUGAAGCGCUUGAAUAAGUUAAAAAAAGUUUUUCGAAAAAUACCAAAACAUUCUUCUUGAAUAGGUGUGUGUAACAAACUACCAGAGUAUUCUAUCUAAAUUUUAUGUUGUGAUGUUAUAUUCAGAAAAUGAUCAGUAUGAUUUAUUUUCAGAUAUUUUGUCUGAUGUUCAAAUUUAUUAGCCAGACAAUAUUUAUUAAUUGUAUACAUGUAUAUCUGUUUCUGUUGUUGCUGGUAUGUGUUAAAUUCACAUGUUGUAUUGUGGAAUGUUGAGUUUUCAUUAAAGAGACAGCUCCUCUGUUUUGGGGUUGUAAAAGAGACAAGUAGAGAAUGUUUACCAUUUAACAAUCUUUUAACCUUAAUAAAUAAACAUCAUUUCUGUCACAAUUUUCAGUAUGCAAAAAUCAAUUUAUUUCUGGUAAGCAGGUAAAAUAGAACAUGGAAAAUUGGUUCUUCUUGAAUGCUCUGAGCUUUUAUAAUUACAUACUUCAAGCAACCAGGAGGGUCAAUAGCUGGGAGUUGGAUUAUUGCAACUACAUGGACAAUAUGACACAACUUGCCUCAUUCCAGGGGAUAACUUAUGAUAUAUGGACUUUUAUUGAACAAAUUCUUCAAAAAUCGUAUCUGAACCCAUACUGUAGGCCCAUAGGUUUUGUGUAAUGUUUGUAACAAAUAAUAGUUCUCUACAAAAUUUAUUAAAAUCUUGACUAUGUGGUCAAAGUUGGCCUCAUCGUGGUUGGUCUCCUUAUACUUGGAGCUUAAAUAGCUCUUGUAUCGUAAUGUAUUUAGGACCAUAAUGACCUGCUAGCUUAUUUCACAUGAACUAUGACCACACUGAGGGUUGGCAGUUUUCUUUAUAUGGCAAUAGUAAAACCUUGAUUUCUGAUCACUUGCUCUCCACCCCCCACCCACCCCCAAAAAAAGAGUUAAAUCUUCAUUUUCUAUGUGAGAAAAAAAGGGAAAUAAUUGACGUAAUGAAUUAUUUUCUACAUACAUAAUAUAAUCAUUAUUUUGCACACAUUUAAUCAGAAUGUAUUGCUUUAAUAAUAAAAGUUUAUAUUCCUUC